GACAUUAAUAAAUCAACCGCAAAAAUGAACGGAGGUUUAAGUUCACUCGUAUUUCCUUUGCUUUUGAUUGGAGCCUCCGCAAUCUAUGAAGAGUCUGGCACGCUCGGCCUCACGGCUCACGAUGUCGAAGCCAGAAUGGCGGAUCUCUUUGGUUUCAUUGACAAAAAUGGAGAUAAGAAAAUAGAUUCCGAUGAAGUAAAAGAGUAUAGCAAACAUCUACUCGAAAAUGUCGCGAACCGCCAACUACUCACCGAAAUGGACAGCGUUGACAUCAACAAGGAUGGACUAUGCAGUAUGGAUGAACUUUUGACGUCAUUUCAGGAUGAAGUUGGUGAAGAAGAUGCUGAACAACAUCGUGAAGCACUCGCUAAAAGGUUUAUAGCCGCAGACAAAGACGGUGAUGGGCUCCUGAACUUGAAAGAACUAGGACUUAUCAUCAAUCCCGGACGUGAUGAAAUCCUACUUCAAAUUGAGAUUCAGGAUGUUAUAAAGGCACAUGAUACUAAUGGCGACGGAACAAUCUCCUUUGAGGAAUACAAAGCCGCAAAACCAGGAGACAAUGAUGACGAAACUGUUAUGACCUCAGAUUUCAAGCAGUUUGACAAAAACGGCGAUGGAAAAUUGACACCUGAAGAGCUCCGCGAAGUGUACAAGGAAGAGGAAGCCAACAUAGCCCUUCCAGUCGCGGAAGAUAUCAGAAGAAUAAUAGGAGAGGGAGACGUAACAUUUGAAGCAUGGACUAAACAUGCCGUUGGGCUUGCUGGUACAUCCGUUACGGACUUUGGAGAAGUUUUACGUUUCCCCCAAGACUAUGGCAUGCCAAUCAAAACCGAAUCCAAAGAACCAGAGGAUGCAACCCCUGAACAUAGUGAAUUGUAA